GGGUUAUUGAGAGAUUUCAGCACUUUUGAGAGGAGACUCUUUUUUGAAUGGAAGACUGUUUCUUGGGUACUAACAAUGCAGCGUUUUCUUCUGAACGUGUUCCUUACGUGCAUGUUUCUAACAUGUAUGACCAUCAUCGUUAUUACAAAUACAGUGAAAAACAACCCACUACUCGUCCAGUCUCCGAACACUGAAAAUCAGCCCAGCUCUGUGUUAGCUAUUACUGAAAGGCAUUAUCCUCCACAGAAUAACACAGCAAACCAAACAUCGUUACAAGUGUCAACACCUGUGCCAUUCUUUUCACAUAUCACUUACAUAUCAAAUCCUACCACAAUUUGUGAUUCUUUCAAAACAUACAACGGAACCAAAAUCCUGAUGUUGGUGAAGUCGUCUCCAGGAAAUUUCCAUCUGCGGAAAUGGAUUCGCUACAAAACAAAAAGUUACAAGGAUUUCAAAGACUCUGUUAAAACGAUUUUUCUACUAGGGAAAUCUGACAAGUGGGACGAGGACAUACUCAAAGAAUGUGAAAAGAACGGAGAUAUUAUUCAAGGAAGUUUUAUUGAUGCUUACAGAAAUCUUACUUACAAAACAGUAAUGGGAUACAGAUGGUUAAGCGAGCACUGCGCAGACUCCGAAUUUGUUGUGUUUAGAGAUGACGAUUUUAAAGUCAAUUUUGUUAACCUCAUACAGCAGAUCAAGAGUCAUAAAAACCCACAGUCCAUGUUUAUGGGACUUCUCAUCAAUAAAGGUCGAACGAUUUAUCGUGACCCGAAGCAUAAAUGGUACCUAUCCAAAACAGACUAUCCUAAAAGUGUUCUUCCACCAUAUUUCCCAGGUGGCGCUUAUUUGGUGAGCACAAGUAUCGCUAGAAAUUUGUCUUCGAAUUUUCAUCUAGUGAAAUGGUUACCCAUAGAUGAUGUUUAUAUCGGACUUGUUGCACAAAAAGUGGGUGUUAAUUUAACUCAUUCAAAGUUAUUUGCAUUUAAAAACUGUGAUAAGUUUUCCACCAUUAUGGCGUGUCGAGAGUUUUCAAGACCUCAAGAGGUGCUGGAAGCAUGGAGGGCCGUCACUGUCGAUGACCUUCAACAAACAAGGACUUGAACCUAUCUUGAAUCAUAUUAUUGCAAUUCAAAAACUACUGUAGAUAUUUUUUCAUAUCAGUGCAAUAGAUAUUUACAGGUAUAUAUGUACAUGUACUAAGAAGUACAUUCUGUAUAAUGUUUGUCCAAUGCUCCACUUACAUGAUAUAGUCCAAGGCUACAUAUCUUAGGAUUAAUAGAUAUAUUGUUCACUGGUGAGUGAUACACACUGUAAAAGUGAAAUUAGCAUGAAAGGGACAUAACCAGUGAUUUUUAUUUCUUCAAUUUACCCUAAACGUGCAAUAUCAACACAGUUAUAUAACAAUGUAAGCAAACCUCGCAGCUUUAUGUACACCAAUUAAAAAUCAUAAUGAAAGUAUGCCUAAUACACAAUUUCCAAGAUAAACUCUUCUGUGAUAGAGAUACAUUCAGUAUUCUAUUAAACGCUUAGGUGCAUGGGUAUAGGGAUUAUACAUAUAAUAUAGACUGGUUAUUUAGAUGACAAUAAAAGUUAAGAAAGCGUGCAUUUUAUUUAUAUUAGUAGGUGGUAUAUAUUAAACUGACCAUAUCAAGAAGAAAUAGUUAAAUCAAAUAUGUAAAUUAAUUAUCAUCUGUUUUCUCUUUGACACGACCGAUACUUUUAAUUAAGAAAGAUGGUAAAUUCUCAAAUACUCAAAAACUUACUAAACUUUCCUGCACUUUACAUAAUCAUCCUUUAGGCAAUGUGUGAAUACAGCGAUAAGUAUUUGUACUCACGUUUAAUGUCUUGCUUUACGAACAUACGUAAAAGCUCAACAAAGGGAAACAACUAUGACAUCUAGGAAAUUGCGUAUUACCAAUAGGCAAACAUUUUCGAGACAACACGAAGACUCAGUAUUUGGUAACAUUCUAUGAUGUUCAGUAACGUGUUACAAAACUAACAUACUCGACCGCUAUUGAUCGAGCAAGUUCACAGUGGAUGUUUGCUUUUAUACUUGUAUGUUACUUAAUUUUUUUUAUCUAUAUUGUUAGAAGACAUGAUUAUGUGUCUAUUUUAUGUACAUGUAAUGAUUGAUUUGUGUUGCUUAUGUUGCGUUGAAACAACCUUGAGUUAAUGUUAAGUGCAAAAAGGUCAUGUUUAGAACACCGUAGCUCAACUGCUACCCCCCCCCCCCCAGUUUUCCUUUUUAAUUUUCUAAUUCUCCUUCAAUGUAGAAAUCAAAAAUACACUUUCCAAAAAAUUGACAUUACUCCAAAUCUCAGGUUCGAACCUCUUUAAGCAAGAAAUUAACAUAAUUUUAAAAGAGCAGGGAUGAGGGAUGCAUACCUGUUAUCGCAAGAAUACACGAAUGAUCAAAUCGACACUUGUGUCCGGUCGAUUCGGGCGUUGUUGACAAUGGAUAUUGUAAAUGUGGAAAUUUUUGCGUGGUGGAAAUACAUGUAUCUCUGAUGACUUCUUAGUUCUGAGAGUUGGUAUGAUGUCUAGGAUAGUAUGCGUCUAAAAAGGCGUCCGAGAUGAUUCAAAUACGGCAGCUAUUAUUGUUCAUAUAUAUAUAUAUAUAUAUAUAUAUAUAUAUAUAUAUAUAUAUGAAUUCCGUAUUAAGCUCUAUACAAUUUUAAUCAUGCGAACACUUUGUUUCAUAAAAAUAGCAUAUUUUUACUUAAUAAAAAUAUUCACGUUUUAUAUUCUAAAACUAUGUCUAAACCUGAUGCCAGAAUUAUAUGAAUUUGUUGAAAUUGUGAUAUUUCUUGUGUUCAUUCUAAUUUUUAAAUAUUUAGUUUUCUAUCCAUAUCUCUUGGAAAUCUCUACCGUUUCCGGAUAAAUAAGAGCAGGACAUGUUUCUCUAUUUUUUGUGGAUAACAACAAAGCGGGCGUCGUGAAUCUCACCCGUCUAUUUUUGGCGGUCUACUUUACGUGUAAUUAACUGUGAUAACAAUGUGAUGUAUGAUGUAGUAUAAAAGCUUAAUGAAUAAAUUUGAUAAGGAAUAAUACCUUAUAAUUAGUACCCAUAGAAUCCCUAUGAUCAAUAAAACAUUUCAGAACUGGCAAUCAUUACUUUUGAUCUGAAAGUUGAAGAGCUAAAGCCCUAUAUUUAAUAAGUCGGGGUAUAUGUUCACGAAACGCCAAAAAUCUUUCUUAACAUCACAUGCGUUAGAAACGAAUUUCCCCCCGAAAUGUGAUGCACCCAAAUAUCAAAAAUAUGCAGUGGAGCCUAGUUAAUCCACGGACGAUUUUACUGGGGAACGAAACUUUUGCACGUAAUUUUGCAUCGUUAAUCCAGAAAUUCGCAUCCGAAUGGUAACUAUUUACUACAAACCUUAAGGUAGCUCAUUAAUCUAAAUUUUUAUUUAAUGGCUCGUUAAAGCACCUCAUGAAGUAUGAUUUCCAAGCUCUCAAUUAUUUUAUAUGAUUUUUUUUUGGUGAUUUAUCUCGGAAUGAUAAAAAAAGGUACUUUGUUUGCAAUUAAGAUACUCUAGAGUACAAAUUUCGCUGUGAUUUGAUGCAUAUUAUGAAUAUCUAAGAAAACCUACCUACACAACUCAGAUAGAUGUCCUAAUAUUUUAAUCAAAAAUAUAUUUAUGAAUAUUGAAAACGUUAUUUGAUAAUAUUUUUUAAAUCUACGGAUAAAAACACAUGUCAGUUAGAAAAAAGAAAUACCAGAGAAAUAUUUUUUAUAAAGAAAUUGAAAUGAAAUGGCCGUAAUUCAGAAAUAUAACGAUUUUUCAAAUUUGAACCAAGCCCAAUCGGAAUUAUAAAAAAGUAGUCAUAGAAAACAUUGUAAUCAGAAAACUACAUUCCCUUGAUGUAAAAUGGUUCACAAAUUAACCAAAUUUAUAAAGGAAACUAAUUUCAUGAUGAACAUUGCGUACAAUUAGCAACAAUAUGAUUCAUUUAGUAAUUUCUAUCAAUUUUAAUCGGGAUCGGUACUUUUUUCUCUUGUUUGAAUAUAGUGAUUAUAUCUGAAAUUUGGUCAUAUCGUUUCAAUUUCUUUUUAUAAUAUAUUUCUUCAAUAUAUCUCUUUUCUAACCGACAUCUUUUUGAAGAUUUUAUCUAUAAAUCUAAUAAUAUUAACAAAUAACGUUUUCGAUUUUCAUAAAUAUUUUUUUUAAAAAUUAGAACGUUUAUAUCUGAAUAUUUUAGGCAUGCUUUAUUUACUCUAGAAUCCCUUAUUUGCAAGCAAAACACCAUUUUUAUCAUUCCAGGAAAAAUCACAAAAAAUUAAAAUAAUUGAGAGCUUGUCUCACUCUUUCCAUGGUGAAAUCAUACUUCAUAAGGUGCUUUAACGAGUUAUUAAAUAAAAUUUUAGUGUAAUGAGCUACCUUAAAAUGCAAUGAAAUAUUUGGGGGUGGGGGUCUGUCUCAGACAAUUUUAGCAAGGCGUAAAUUAUAAAGAAAACGUAAGCCACACUGUCUGAUGGAAGCGAUUACCUGUACCGUCAACACCUGAUGGUGUAUCAGGUAGACAGCACGUGCCGAUCGAAACAUUGUAUUGUCAAUUCUGUAUUGCAUGUUGAAUUUUGUAAAUAAAUCUGUACCAUAAUA